AUGCCGUUCUGCUUCAGUCCAAUUCGACGAUGGGCAAGUGUUGUCAAACAAUUUCUUCUCAGUGGCGAACUUAUCGAUUUAUCUAUUGCGAUUGUUAUUGGAGAUACAUUUAUUAAAUUGGUAGAAACAUUCGUCGAUUGUCUUCUCACACCUAUUUUAGGUUUUCUUUUCGAUGGAGUUCCUAUUGCUGAACUGUCAACAAAAUUACAGUCAGACCGUUGGCCAGAAAAAGCUCCGGUUGUUCUUGCUUACGGGCGAGUUCUGCAACAGCUGAUUUUCUUUGCUAUCAUCGCAAUAAUGUUGACAUUCAUCAUAACAAUUAUUCAUAGUCUUGUGAAAAAACAACAACAAAAUCAAAUUGAUCCAGAACAACCACCAACCAAACAAGAAUUAAUCCUUAUGGAACACACAAAACUACUGCAAGCUAUAGCACAUUCAACGAAAAAAUAA